CUCACUGCACUAAAUAUUUGAAUAAGUUCAGAAAGCGGUUUGGUGAAUAUAUAAAAUAAAAAGUUAAAUAUUAUUUAUUACGAAAACCAUGUCGAGGUUGAGCAGAGCGCUGCAGCUUACAGAUAUAGAUGAUUUUAUUACGCCCUCACAGAUAUGCAUUAAGCCCGUGCAAAUAGAUAAGGCAAGGUCAAAGACUGGGGCAAAGAUAAAGAUAAAAGGUGACGGCUGCUUUGAGGAAUCAGAGGUAAGUAUCACGCUGGAGCCCAUUUUUUAUUGAAUGAAAUGGUUUCGUUACAGAGUGGAAAUCUAAAACUUAAUAAAGUUGAUAUUUCUCUGCAAGACUGUCUUGCGUGUUCUGGUUGCAUCACUUCAGCUGAAGAAGUCCUUAUCACGCAGCAGAGCCGAGAAGAGUUGCUUAAGGUCCUUCAAGAGAAUUCAAAGAAUAAGGCCUCUGAAGACUGGGAUAACGUGCGUACGAUCGUGUUCACCCUUGCCACCCAGCCUAUACUAAGCUUAGCCUAUCGCUAUCAGAUAGGUGUGGAGGAUGCUGCCCGUCAUCUUAAUGGGUAUUUUCGCAGUUUGGGUGCCGACUAUGUUUUGUCCACUAAGGUGGCGGACGAUAUUGCGCUGCUCGAAUGUCGUCAAGAAUUUGUAGAUAGGUACCGCGAAAAUGAGAACUUGACCAUGCUUAGCUCCUCUUGUCCGGGGUGGGUUUGUUACGCGGAGAAAACACACGGAAACUUCUUAUUGCCUUACGUUUCCACGACCCGAUCUCCUCAGCAAAUAAUGGGAGUGCUUGUGAAGCAAAUCCUUGCCGAUAAGAUGAAUGUUCCUGCGUCACGAAUCUACCAUGUGACCGUGAUGCCUUGCUACGACAAGAAGCUUGAGGCCUCUCGAGAGGACUUUUUCAGCAAGGCAAAUAACUCACGCGACGUAGACUGUGUAAUCACUUCAGUUGAGGUGGAACAGUUGCUUAGUGAGGCUCAGCAGCCGCUGUCGCAGUACGAUCUCCUUGAUUUAGACUGGCCAUGGUCUAAUGUACGCCCAGAAUUCAUGGUAUGGGCUCACGAGAAGACGCUAUCUGGCGGUUACGCAGAACACAUAUUUAAGUACGCCGCAAAACAUAUUUUCAACGAAGAUUUAAAAACAGAGUUGGAAUUCAAACAGCUCAAAAACCGCGACUUUAGAGAAAUUAUACUUAAACAGAAUGGCAAAACUGUCCUGAAAUUUGCAAUUGCUAACGGUUUCCGGAACAUACAAAACUUGGUACAAAAACUGAAGCGUGAAAAGGUAUCAAAUUACCACUUUGUUGAGGUAAUGGCCUGUCCCUCGGGCUGUAUAAACGGAGGAGCACAAAUACGUCCCACUACCGGACAGCACGUUCGCGAGCUUACCCGGAAACUGGAGGAAUUAUACCAGAAUCUUCCACGGUCCGAACCCGAAAACUCCUUAACAAAACAUAUUUACAAUGACUUUUUAGACGGCUUUCAAAGUGAUAAAUCAUAUGACGUGCUGCACACCCGUUACCAUGAUGUAGUAUCUGAGCUCAGUAUAUCGCUUAAUAUAAAUUGGUAAACGUAUUGUGCUUGAUUAUCUCUUUUAGUAUAUCGACAGUUUCGGUAAAGGAAUAAGGCCCACAAACAAAUAUUUAAAAUUAAAAAAAAAAACUCAUUUAAACGGGGUGAGAUUAGUGACAAUACCGUUUUAAACCCAAAAACUGUAUGAAUAACGAAUAAUAUGAUAAAAUAGAUUUUUCAUUUAUUUAUAAACUAUUUUCGGGAAAUCUAAAAUUUUCAAAUAAAAAAAUUGUUCAGUCUGGGCUGUUUAAUAAAAAAUGGAGGUACCAGUAGAGAAGAACAAUUCUUUUGGAAUCAUUCUUAAAACCCUCCAGUAAUAACGCAUCAGUGACAUUUCGUGAAAGGUUUUUGUAUUGGGAACAUCGCGCAAAAUCAACGGAAACAAGGGAGAAGGCAAAUUCGAGAUCCCAAAGAAAAUGUCUAUGUGCGUACUUGUCAUCAAAUAAGUAAAAUAAGGAUUAGAGUACGACAAUAUUAUUUUCCAAUCAUUCAAAAGGGUACAAGCAAAUACUCUAGAAUAAUGUAGAAUGCAUGGCCGUUACGCAUACUGUUAUUUUAGUGUCUUUGGUACAAGCCUAAACAUGUGUUUUGUACAAGUUAACUUAAGUUAACGCCGCUACGACGACCGUGUGGCAACAACGGCAUUCUGCAACGUAAGCAUUAGACCGGAUGUCGUUACGUAGCCGGCAGACACAGCUUAUUUGCAUGGCCGCUACGAAUAUGAAACAGCAACAAUGUGUUUCGCUUUCAGUCGUGUAGCUCUUAAAAAUUUAAUUUAAUUCUUGCAGCAGCACUUGCUCUGCUCAAUAAAGAGUUCUUAAAAGUU